AAACAAGCAAUGUUGGUGCGUCAGCUCGAAGAGGAAUUACGCCUAAGAAUGCGAGCACCGAACAUUGAAAUGCAGCAGCAAAUGGAAGCAUUGUAUGCGGAAAACGAGCACCUGCAGAGGGAAAUUUCAAUCCUGCGUGAUACCAUCAAGGAACUUGAGCUGAGGAUAGAAACGCAAAAGCAAACUCUGCAAGCCCGAGAUGAGAGCAUCAAAAAGCUGCUGGAAAUGCUGCAAAGCAAAGGAAUGGGAAAAGAGGAGGAGCGUCAAAUGUUUCAACAAAUGCAAGCCUUGGCCCAAAAGCAGCUCGAUGAAUUUAGGUUGGAGAUUCAACGCCGGGAUCAGGAAAUCAUGGCGAUGGCCGCCAAGAUGAAAACCCUCGAAGAACAGCACCAGGACUAUCAGCGCCAUAUUGCAGUGCUGAAAGAGUCACUCUGCGCCAAGGAGGAGCACUACAAUAUGCUGCAGGCGGAUAUGUUGGAACGUAAAACGGUUGAAGAGCUGAGAAAUCGACUAGAGGAGAAGAACCGCAUGAUUGAAAAGAAAACACAAAAUGCCAUGCAAUCAGUACAGGAGAAGAAUCGUGCUCAGACUGAGCUAACCGAACUGAAGGAGCACAUGGAUAUCAAGGAUCGUAAGAUCAAUGUUCUGCAAAGAAAGAUUGAAAAUCUGGAAGACUUGCUGAAAGAGAAAGAUAACCAAGUGGACAUGGCCAGAGCACGACUGAGUGCGAUGCAAGCACAUCAUUGUAGUUCAGAAGGAGCUCUUUCCAGUUUAGAAGAAGCUAUUGGCGAUAAAGAAAAACAAAUGCAGCAGCUUCGCGAUCAAAGAGAUCGCGCGGAGGCCGAGAAAAAGGAAGAACGUGAACUGCAUGAACGAGAGCUUGCAGAAUACAAAAUGAAGCUACACACUUUGGACAGCGAAGUGGAAAAGCUCACCACACGUCUGCAUCGUGCGUUGAAUGAGAAAGAUCGACUUGAGUCUAAACUGGAAUGUUCGCAAAGCGAGCUCGGGAAAUCAAAGGCCGAGUUGGACAAGGCAGCUAAUGAUGUUGGUCGCAGUGGAGCUGACUGGGAAAAUGCUAAACAGCGAAUCUCUCGUCUUGAGCUCGAAAAUGAACGAUUGCGUGCGGACUUGGAGCGAUCUCAGACUACAUUCGGUAGGUCAACUUUAACCACCUCACAAGAGCUAGAUCGUGCUCAGGAGCGAGCUGAUAAAACAUCAGCUGAGUUGCGCAGAACCCAAGCAGAACUAAGGGUUACACAAGAACAGACAGUAGACAAUUUUUCUGACGCCGAACGAGCAAGAGCAGAAGCUGCCGCCUUACAAGAGAAAUUAGAAAAGAGCCAAGGCGAGGUUUAUAGACUCAAAGCAAAACUUGAAAACGCACAAGGGGAACAGGAAAGCAUAAAACAGGAAAUGGAAAGAAGUCAAACUGGAAUACAACGAAUUGUUAGUGAAAGGGAUAAGGCGUAUGGCGAACUCGACAAAAUUCGCGAAGAGUUGGAGAGAUCACAAGUCACCCUGGGCAAGUCACAGCUUCAGCAGGAGAAAAUACAAAACGCUCUUGACAAGGCACAGAAUGAAGUCGACCACCUGCAGGAAAAACUCGAUAAAAGCAUUGCAGAAAUUAGGAGGCUUCAACUUGAGAAAGAAAAGAUCAACUACGAGUUUGAAAACAUUCAAUCUCAGCUGGACAAACAGCUUGGCCAAUCGUCUAGAGUGCAAAAAGAGCGAGAAGCUAUUCAGAUGGACUUGGAGCGGUACCGGGACAAAUCGGAGAAACUCCAAGCAUCUAUGGGUCGCUUACAAAAGGAGCGGGACGUGCUUUGCGACGAGCUGGAGAAGAUCAAGGAGAAGGCUGAAUCAGCACAAAGCUCCGCACUCAAGUAUCAACGAGAGCGAGAUGCCAUCCAGACGGAACUGGAAGUGGUUAAAGAGCGCUGGGAGAAAGCCCAUCAAAUACACCAGAAGCUGCAAAUGGAGCGAGACGAUGCAGUCACGGAAAUCGAUAUCCUCAAAGAAAAACUCGACAAAGCUCUGUACGCCAGUCAGAAGCUUAUAGAUGAGAAAGAUAACUCGAACAAAGAGUUCGAGAAAAUGUUGGAGAAAUAUGAUCGAGCGCAAAAUGAAAUCUACCGGCUGCAAUCACGUUGCGACACUGCUGAAGCAGACCGUAAUCGGCUGGAAGUCGAAGCGGAAAGAUCAGCUUUGGCAGCCGCAAAGGCUAAAGAAGACCUCAGGAAAUUGCAAGAGGAAACUACUCGACUACAAGAAGCAUGCGAUCGAGCCGCUAUGCAGCUUGGCCGGUCCAAAGAAUUGGAAGACAAAGCGAAGGAAGACGUUGAUCUUAUUCGAGAGCGCCUUGACAAAACGCAAGCUGACCUUCGCCGAGCACAAGCUGAAAAAGAAAACUUACAAGCAGAAAUUGAAAGACUCACGUACGAGGUUGAUCGUGCACAUAACAGCUACACCAAACAAACUGCAUCACUUGAUGCAGCUCAGGAAGAGGCAGCGCGGUACAGCUUAGAAAUUGAGAAGAUGAGAGAAAGAUAUGAAAAGACUGCAGCUGAGUUGCGACGUCUGCAAGAAAACGAAUCAUUCACUCGAGAAUCACGCCGUUUGAAGGAAGAAAAUGAUCGCCUACGAGAGAAGUAUGACAAGACAAUGAUGGAGUUAGAGAAUUUCCGAAGUAAAUCUCAAUAUGAAGAAGAAUCCUUAGAAAAGUACAAAACGAAAUUCGAAGCACGCGAAAACGAAUUUCAGACAAUGGAACUCAAGCUUCAUGAAGCUACUCUUCAGUUGGAACUGGCUCGUCAAGAAGUACAGAAACUUAUAUCCAAUCAAGACAAACAACGCAUGGAUGCCGAACGAGCACAUAUCGAAUAUGAGAAAAUUCGCGAUAAGCACGAGAAGCUCAUCAAAGAAAUGGAACGGUUACGUCAAAAUCCUGGAUCCGCCGUUAGUCCAGGUGCGCUUGCUGCUGCGUCUGUAGGAAUGAAUGAUAAGAAUGAAAUCGACAGGCUGCGCGAUCGAUUAGAAAAGGCCCUGCAAAGUCGAGAUUCGACCGAAAUGGAAGCAGGACGUCUGGCCAAGGAGCUCGAAAAGGCACAAUUACAUUUGGCGAAACAACAAGAGGCAUAUGAAGCCACACGAAUCGAAUUUGAACGAAUGUCUGCUGAGCUCACGCGUGUACUUGAACGGUUAGAAAAAUCCGAGGCCGAGAAAGAAACUCUUCGACAAUCUACCAAAAUAUACGAGAAACAUCAUCAACAGCACGCGAGUAAUCAUAUCGAACAUAACGUAAUGAAAAUGGAAGCCGACAAUAA